GUUAUCUUCACUUACAUGGUGAACAAUGCAGCGCCGAAAAUGUCUCUGGCUUCCAUCAGCUCGUUAUCUCCUAUAAGAGACUUUGUGGCCAACUUGCUUCGCGGCGACGCGUCGCGUUCGAUCGUCCCUUUCAUCCCACGUCCGCUUCGUCUACUUUUUCUCAUUGUGCUCAUUCUUAACUGUCGAUCUCUUCCGUUCGUCUGGCACUUGCGCGUCUUUAGGCCUGUGCUGUACAUUCGUCUGAAGCGAUGGUUCCUCUCGUUCUCUUCAAAGAAAACGCAAGAGGCUUGGUUCGACAGCCUGUGCCCUAUAGGAAGAAGUCCAUUUGAACUAAAGAGCGUAUACACGACAUGGGCUAGCCUCGAUGAAAGCGACUACAAUAUUCAUCUCAGUAAUUCAAGCUACGCUAAAGUCCUUGACAUGCUAAGACUGAAGUAUGCGCUCUCGCAUAUGGUCACUGUGUUUCGCGAUGGGUGUUGGCUUGCCCUGGGCGCUACGUCAUUACGGUUCAUGCGCGAAAUUCCUAUGGGUACCAAGUAUGAGGUUAGAAUGUAUUUUGGGAGUUGGGAUUCGAAAUGGAUUUAUGCUAUUGCGCGCUUUGUAAGCAAGAAAAAGCCUUCUUCGAACAACCCAGUAUCAAGCGAGCGGCUCAAAGGGGCGGAUCAACUACUUCAACUGUCAUCGUCUUCAGCCAACCUCACCACCGUACCGUUUCCGCAACUGCAUACUCCAAAUGGAGGGGAGAGCGACGUUUCCGGAACUACAACCCCGAAUCCGACACUCAUUGCUUCAAUAGCAGAACUCAAAUCGCUGUGGUCUGAAGCACCGGAUGAGACACUGCAUUGUGUCGCAAUGAACGAGAUAUGUGUCAAGCGUGGACGACUCACCGUGCCGCCAGCACUUGCAAUCGCUGCAGCAGGAUGCGGCGUUUCUCACGACCGCUGGGAAGCACUCAAGAAAUUGCGAAAAGGGAAAGGGAUGAAGGAGUUGCUUGAAGGGGGAUGGAAGAAUGUUCCCGAGGGAGAAAGGUGGUGGGAUGAAGCACUGCACGAGUUUGAGGGAGAGCGGGUGAAGAGACUGAGUAUUUUAAAGGGUAUUAGGGAGGGGUUGGAAUCUACUAAGCUUCUUUAAUUUACGUCAACAUACACAACAGUUUUUUGUUUAGAUUUCUACACUGUUAAU